CGACUGACUGCUCAUCAACAGCCCCAGGUAGAUGCCCGCCGGGGAGACUCACCUCAGCACUCUAAUUUCUAUUUUACCUACCUCUACAUAGGCUUUUCUCUGCAAACUCCAGCUUCGCACCCCACAGCAACCUGCGCUCAUUUCAAAAUGGCCGACCAACCGCCGGAGAACGACACGCCCAUGCAUGACGCCAUGUCCGAUGCCGACAAGAUCCGUGCGAAGCGACUUGCAAAGCUCGGAGGCCCAUCAAGUGGGAACGGAGCCUCGCGACCAUCUUCAACUCCUCCCGCGACUGCACCGUCAGGCAGCUCGACGCCUCAGCCUACAGAGAAGCCGCCCUCGCCCUCGUCCGCGCCCCAACCCACCACACAGUCACCGAACCCCUUCACACAAUUAGGCAUGAAGGAAGAGAGCAACCCUGCGCCCCGAAUACACAUCAAGGCCAAACCAGCCGAAGCUUCAAAUGGCAGCAGCUCGGCCCAGGCAGCAGCUCAGAGCCAGGAAAGCAGUCUUGAGGCUUGGACAGACCGGACUCUCAGUGGCAUCUUUCGCAUUACCCUAGACCCAGAGCAUACACGGGAUAUACACGGGAAGCGGUUAUAUUUCGUCUCCGGCGUGCGGAGUGACCUCGAUGACGCGGGCAGCCCGAUUCGGUUAACGACAGAUACCUUGGAUGGGGCGAUUCUGGAGUCGGCGCAGAGCAAGACAGAAGGAAAGCCGCUAGAGUAUCUCCUGGGAUGCUGGAAGCGGGUUUCCAGGCUAUAUCGGGGGAUGCACAACAAGAACGACCCCAAGUAUGAGGUAGUGAAGGAAGCUCGACGGCUGUGCUUCAGCUACUGCAUCUUUGCUGCCACCAUACCGGACAUGUUCAAUGAAGACGCCUCAUCAGCGAAUCUCUUGGUAGACCACCUGCUUGCGGACCCUGACAACGACCGCGGUAUUUGCCAUGACUUCCUCAACGAGGCUGUCUCUCGCUUCGGUGAAGACGAGAGUGUCAAAGAGGUUCUCGUUGGCGCCAUGGAAGAGCUUAGUCAGCGGCUGGCAAAGCUGUCCAUGAAUGACGACUACCGACCGUACAUGCUGGCAAUGCGGAACUUCGUUCGCUACCAGCCUCUUUUGAUUGCCAUGGCUCAGUCUCCCCUAUUCCUACCAUCGGAGAUAGAGGCGCGGAACAUCGAGACAGCGACACUACUGGGGCCUUUUUUCAGGCUGUCACCCAUGCAGGGCGAGGUCGCUCUUAAUUACUUCUCCAGCCCUACUACCCGAGACAAAGGCUACAUUAUUAACUCGCAGCGUUCUCUGCGCCUAGCUCUUCAGACACACCAGGAUGAGCUCUUUGACAUCGCAAAUUGCUUCAUCAAAGUGAAGGAUGCGCGAGAGAAGAUUCUGGAUUGGUUCGCCUUGACGGUAAACGCAAACCACAAGCGACGGGCUAUGCAGGUCAACCCUAAGACGGUAUCCUCAGAUGCCUUCAUGGUGAACAUUACCGUGAUUCUCGACAAGCUAUGCGAGCCUUUCAUGGAUGCAACGUUUUCUAAGGUUGAUCGCAUUGACAUCAACUACUUGCGUCGAUCACCCCGAGUUACCAUCAAAGAUGAGACUAAGAUAAAUGCAGACCAGCAUGUCUCCGACGAAUUCUACAACGAGAAAGCCGAAGGCACCACCAACUUCAUCACCGAAAUCUUCUUCUUGACCGUUGCGGCGCAUCACUAUGGUACUGAAGCCGCAAACACCAAGCUCUCCUCGCUACAGCGCGAUGUGAAAUGGCUAGAGAAGGAGCUGGCAAAGUUGGAGACUGAGCGGCAUAAGUACGCUUCGAAUCCCAUGCAACUUGCCGUCUUUGACGCUCAUGUCAAGAAGAUGAAAGGCCAGGUUGAAAGAGGACAUUGCACUAUUUUCGCCAUUCAGGGCGUUCUCCUGGAUGAGACCGCUCAGGCCCGGUCGAUGCAGCUCAUGCGGUAUGUUAUCGUGUGGAUGCUGCGACUAGUAUCGGGGACCGACUUUCCCAAGAAGCCACUUCAGCUGCCUCUGCCGCACGAGCAGUCUAUGGCGUUUAGGUGUCUUCCAGAGUAUUUCCUCGAGGACAUCGUCGACAACUUCAAGUUCAUCACGCGAUGGAUACCGCAUAUCAUCACCUCCACGCAGAGCGAGGAACUGAUGAUGGUCUGCAUAGUGUUCCUGCGGAGCUCGGAAUACAUCAAGAAUCCCUACUUGAAGGCGGGCUUGGUUACCAUUCUCUCCUACGGCGUAUGGGAGAUUCCCGGGCGAUCCAAAGGCGUGCUUGGUGACGUCUUGUUUGCACACAAAUUCGCCACUAAGCACCUCCUACACGCGUUGAUGAAGUUUUACAUCGAAUGCGAGAGCACUGGUGCUAGCUCGCAGUUCUACGACAAGUUCAACAUUCGCUACGAGAUCUUUCAGGUCGUCAAGUGCAUCUGGGCGAAUCCGGUAUACCAGGAUAACCUUGCCACGGAGGCGCGGGUGAACCUGGAUUUCUUCGUGCAGUUUGUCAACCUGCUCCUCAACGAUGUCACAUUCGUUCUAGACGAAUCAUUCACGGCCUUCACGCAAAUCCAUGAAAUUUCGAAGCUUCUCAAGAACCCUCCAGAGGACCUGGAUACGAACGCUCGGCAGGAGCAGGAAGAGAAGCUGUCGGCUGCACAGAACAAAGCCAAGAGCUAUAUGCAACUGACGAACGAGACCGUGGCCAUGUUGAAGCUCUUCACCGAAGCGCUCGGCGACUCUUUUACGAGGCCAGAAGUCGUCGUACGCCUGGCCCACAUGCUGGACUACAAUCUCGAUGCGCUUGUCGGUCCCAAGAAGACCAACCUGAAGGUGGAAAAUGCGGAUGAAUAUGGAUGGAACCCCCGGCAAAUGCUCUCCGAGAUUGCCGAUGUCUAUCUGAAUCUGAAAGACAAGAAGUCUUUCAUCGAUUCCGUAGCUACGGAUGGACGUUCUUAUCGGCCCGAGCACUUCUCCACCGCAGCGAACAUUAUGCAGCGAUUCGCGCUCAAAGCUCCUGAGCAGCUCCAGGAAUGGGACCAGCUCGCGGAACGCAUCAAGACUGCCAAGCAGGAACUUGAAUUAGAAGAGGAGCUUCUUGGCGACGUCCCUGAUGAGUACCUCGAUCCUCUGUUAGCGACUCUCAUGGAGGACCCGGUCACUCUCCCCGCGAGCAAGCAGACGCUGGACCGCAGUACCAUUCGGAGUCAUCUUCUGAGCGACCCUCACGAUCCAUUUAACCGUGCACCACUCUCUAUUGAGCAGGUUGCACCUAAUGACGCACUUAGGGAAGAGAUUCUGAAAUGGAAGACCGACCGGUUAACCAAAAUGAUGGCCGAGCGAAAUGCCGCGAAUACGGUGGUUGUGGGUGCGGGCGAGCCGAUGGACACAUCGUAGACGAGGCCGGGAGUAUGGCAUGGGCCUGCUCCUAAAUAGGUGUUGCCUCCACGCAUCCAAGGCGUUUAAGGCGUCUUUUACCUGAGGGAUCGGGAUCAAAACAUGUGCUUGGGCAUUUUGACUUAGAGUCUAUGUACAGUGGUCCCGCCUAAGGUAACCAGUUUGCAUCGUUAGCGAUGCAUUGGUAUGUUAAAUCAAAUUCAUACCCGCUUUCACGAUUGAAGCUCCAUGCGCCCUCUGU